AUGGAUAAGAAAACACAGUGCUGUAGUCAUGGCAUUACACCAAUCCAGGCUUCAUCCGUCAACCUGCCCCGCUUCAUUGGCUGUGCUGCGGAGUUUACUUUCCAGGCCAGGAAACCAGGCUGUGGCGGGCUGCACAUCACCACGGACACCUGCUGGGGGCGCUGUGAGACCUGGGACAAGCCUGUCCUGGACCCUCCCUACAUGUCCUACCAUCGUGUGUGUACCUGCAACAAGACACACCUGGUGACGGUGCAGCUGCCUAACUGCUCAGCCAACAUGGACCCCAUGUAUACCUACCCUGUAGCCCUGAGGUGUGACUGUGGAGCGUGUCUGACCAGCACCACUGAGUGUAUCACCUAUGUCUGA